AUAGAACUGAAUAGACUUCAUUUGGAGCUUCCUCAUUGACUGACUGACGGCCGGUUGUCCAAUUAAUCAGUGUUGGAUUCCAAUCUUGUGAAAGUUAACUAUGACUUGCAAUGGAAAAACCAACUAUGCCGAGGAGCAAACUCAAGUUGAGAAAGACUCACAGAACUCGGAGACAAAGACAAGAACAAAAGAAACCGAGGCAAAGGACGUUGCUAACUUGUCUUCGGUGGAUAUGUUAGACCGUCUUAGAGAAGCUGUCGAGAAUUGCUGUGAUGAGUCGGAAGAUGAACGAGAUUGGGUUUGGCUCAUUUUGAGGGAAGAGGCACAACAGCAUGCUUAUAACGAACCUCUCUUGGCUUCUUUCCUAUUUUCGACAAUUUUAAAUCAUAAGAGCUUGGAAGCUGCUUUAUCUUUUCACUUGGCAAACAAACUAGCGAGUCCUACCAUUUCCAGUACUCUGCUUAUGGAGUUGUUUCGUGAUGCUCUUGAAGAGUCGAAGGAUUUUCGCCUCGCCUGUAGAAGAGAUUUGAUAGCCGUGAAGGAAAGAGACCCAGCUUGUACUUUUCUAUUAGAAGCAUUUUUAUAUUUCAAGGGAUAUCAUGCACUUCAAGCGUAUCGAGUCAGUCAUUGGUUGUGGAGUCACGAGAGAAAGGCCAUGGCAUACUUUCUUCACUCACAAAUAACAAAAGAGCUACAUAUCGACAUUCAUCCUGGGGCGAAGAUCGGGCAUGGCGUUUUUGUUGAUCAUGGAACAGGAAUUGUUAUUGGGGAAACUGCGAUAGUAGAAGAUGAUGUAUCCAUGCUUCAUCACGUUACUUUGGGUGGUUCGGGUAAGAAGUAUGGAGACCGUCAUCCUAUCAUUCAUAACGGUGUUUUACUUGGUGCUGGAGCAACCAUUCUUGGCAGAAUAGAAAUUGGAGAACAUUCACAAAUCGGCGCUUGUUCUCUAGUUUUGAAUGAUGUACCUAGCUUUGCAACAGUUGUGGGAGUGCCAGCGCGAAUUAUUGGAAGGAAACCAGGACGCAAUCCAGCUUCCGAAAUGCAACAAGAUUUUAGGAGUUCAGAAACAUAGUGUCACUACUCUGUUCAUAAAAGUGUAAAAUAGUAU